AGUGCAGGCAACACAUCCACUUCUGUGCGGGCUCGGAAAGAGAAGAGGUUGACCUAUGUCUUAAAUGACGCCCAUGACACUAAGGUCACUCCUCCUAAAAAGAUGCCUUGUCCUCAAGGUGGAAGGAAGAAACUGUUCAGCAAGUAUUUCACAGUCUUCACCCUCUAGCUUCUUCAGCAGUAUGAUGAUGCCAUUGAAAGAGUAAUUCUAGAGUUGGAAUCCCAGAUUCUUUCAUCCAAAGGUGCAACAAUUUUUUUAGUCUCCACCGUAAAUUUCAAAUCAGCAGAAAGAAGUAAAGGUUGAGGAAUGGAAUAUCAAAUGACCAUGAGCAUGGCGAAGCAAUGAGACUUGGAAAAUUGGACGUACUUUGCUGAUGGAGGUAGCUGCAGUCCAUAGGCUGGAUGACCUACUUUGCAAACAAUUCAGACGGACCAAUAUAUCAAGGAGAAAGCUUCUCAUUCGGCUGUUAGGCUUGAUUCUUCUAAUUUCAGGCUGUAUACAAAGUAGAACAACAUCACCCACACUAAAAGGCAAGUCACGACACUUGGAAAGCUUGAGAUUUCAUGCGGGAUUGAGCCUUCAGAAGCAUUGUGCUGGUGUAAAUUGCUUGGCUUUGUUGAAGUCGUCCUCACCCGGUGGGUCUGAGUACCUAUUUACCGGGAGUAGAGAUGGGACUUUAAAGAGAUGGGCAUUGGCUGAAGAUGGUGCCACCUGCUGUGCUACAUUUGAAUCCCAUGUUGAUUGGGUAAAUGACGCUGUUCUUACAGGCAAUAACACAUUGGUUUCCUGCUCCUCAGACACCACUGUCAAGGUAUGGAAUGGCUUAUCUGAGGGAUCUUGUACCAGGACUCUAGGUCAACACUCUGAUUAUGUCACUUGCCUUGCUUCAGCAGAAAAAAAUAGCAAUGUUGUUGCAUCUGCUGGCCUUGGUGGUGAGGUUUACAUAUGGGACCUUGAAGGUGCACUUUCCCCAACAUCUAAGUCAAGUGAUGCAACUGCGGAAAACUGUUCAAAUGGUGUCAGUGGUGCAGGAACUUCAGUAUCCAUUACAAGCGUCCACCCUAAUAGUUCGAGCAACACCAUUUCCUUGCAUACCAAGUCCCAAGGAUAUAUUCCUGUGUCUGCAAAAGGCCAUAAGGAGUCAGUAUAUGCAUUGGCAAUGAAUGACAGUGGAUCCCUUCUUGUUUCUGGUGGAACUGAGAAGGUUGUGCGAGUGUGGGAUCCAAGAACUGGUUCGAAGACCAUGAAGCUAAAAGGUCAUACAGAUAAUAUUAGGGCGCUACUUCUUGAUUCUACUGGCAGGUUCUGCUUGUCUGGCUCCUCUGAUUCCAUGAUUAGAUUAUGGGAUCUGGGUCAGCAGAGGUGUGUGCAUUCGUAUGCUGUGCAUACUGACUCUGUAUGGGCACUUGCUAGCACUCCAACAUUUAGUCAUGUUUAUAGUGGAGGAAGAGAUCUCUCUUUGUACUUAACAGAUUUGGCAACAAGGGAAAGUGUCUUGCUUUGUACAAAGGAUCACCCUAUUUUGCAGUUAGCAUUACAUGGUGAUAGCAUGUGGGUGGCCACAACUGAUUCUUCAGUACAUAAGUGGCCAGCAGAAGUGCAUAAUCCCCAUAAAGUUUUCGAAAGAGGGGGUUCGUUCUUAGCUGGAAACUUGUCGUUUUCCAGGGCAAGGGUUUCAAUAGAGGGAUCUACACCUGUACCUAUCUUUAAAGAACCUUCCUUUAGCAUUUACGGAACUCCAGGAAUUGUGCAGCAUGAGAUUUUGAACAACAGAAGACAUGUCCUAACCAAGGAUACUGCUGAUACAGUUAAGUUGUGGGAGGUCACAAGAGGGACUGUAACUCAAAAUUACGGAGAGGUUUCAUUUGACAAGAAAAAAGAAGAAUUAUUUGAGAUGGUAAGCAUCCCUGCAUGGUUUACUGUGGACACUAGGCUCGGAUGCUUGUCUGUACAUUUGGAUAAUCCACAAUGCUUUUCUGCUGAGAUGUACUCUGCCGAUCUCAAUAUCCCUGGGAAAACUGAAGAUGACAAGGUCAAUUUGGCACGAGAAACACUUAAAGGGCUGUUGGUCCAUUGGUUAAUCGAAAGAAGGCAGAAAUUUGGAUCUCAAUCAUCAAUCAUUGGAGAAGUUCCAUCUGGAAAAGAUGUAUCUACAAGGAUUUUGACUACUUCAAGAGUGGAAGUAGAAGGCAACACUGAUAAUGAUUCUGCGGUGUUCCACCCCUUUGAAUUUUCUUCAGCAUCUCCUCCAUCUAUCAUGACUGAGGGCUCUCAAAGUGGCUCUUGGAGGAAAAAGAUCACUGACUUAGAUGGAACUGAAGAUGAGAAGGACAUGCCUUGGUGGGUUAUAGACUGUGUGAUGAACAAUCGCCUGCCUCCCAGGGAAAAUACCAAAUGUAGCUUUUAUUUGCAUCCAUGUGAGGGUUCUACUGUCCAGAUCCUUACCCAAGGCAAACUGAGUGCACCUCGCAUAUUAAGAAUUCACAAAGUUAUCAAUUAUGUCGUGGAAAAGUUGGUUCUUGACAAGCCUUUGGAUAGCGUAAACUCGGAUGGGACUUUUGCUCCUGGUUUACAUGGAACUACUGGAGUGGAUGACUCAUCCCGGAUUGGGCCGAAGCCUUCGCAAAAGCAUAAGCCAUCUAUAGAGAUCCUGUGCAAUAACCAGGUUUUAUCCCCUGAAAUGAGCUUAGCAACUGUACGGACCUAUAUAUGGAAGAAACCUGAAGAUCUUGUACUUAAUUACCGUCUGUUGCCAAGCAAGUGACAGGCCUGAAAGUUAUAAGGUAGUGACUUCUCCGAAGGAUUGUGACUUUUUAAAAGAAUUUGAGUUUUUUGAUGAUUUGUGAUAUAUUCAAAUGGUUGUGAAAUUUUAAAGGGUUGUGACUUAUCUAAUAAGGCAUGAUGAACAACUUUUCAUACUAUUCUUUCUUGGCUAUAAAUAGAGGAGUUCCCUCACAUUUUUAAACUACAGAUUUUGUGUGUUUUUAUUCUUUGUCUUUUUAAAACAUGGAUGCUUCUAAAAAUUGUUCAAUUAUCCAAUUACAAUCUUUUUUAAUUGGUAAAUUAGAUAGAUCAACAAAAAUUGAUGCAACAAGGAGAAUGAAAUAAGUCAACGUCAAACGAAAAGACUAUUAAUGUGUACUCACUUUCAUUGGCAUAAAUACACUUUUGCAACAACUUCUACUUGACAAAAAGUUCAAUGAUUUUCUGUUGCACAAACUACCACUUGGUGUUCAAACUGUGAAAAGUCUCAAGCUGUCGGAGAAAAAGAAUUUGAUCAUAAACUUGUUUGAAGAGUCCAAACUAGAUUUAAUAUGUACUCCUUUGUUUCCUAUUUAUUUGUUGUACUUUUGUUUUUAUUCUAUUUAAAAUAUAAUGACCUUUUAGGGGUGGGGGGACUUCAUGUUGCUUGUUUGUCCUUAAAUCAAAUGUCUUCUUCAUCCAUCUAAAUCUUCUAUAGUACCUUAAAAGUAUGAACUCUAUAAGUUUAAUACUAAAUUACCAUAAUACUCAACUUCAACCACCCAAUUUAGUAUAUCUUCUCUAAUUUAUAUU